AUGGCAGAAGUAGCUACAGACUUGAAUGGAGAUGUGUUGGAGGAAACAGAAGACCUCGAACCUCUUGAAUCAGAUGACAGUGGUACCUUCCAACAAGUUGCAAACCUUCUGAACAUCAUGGACAGCGAGUCAUCAAAGACAGACACAGCUGGGUCAGGUCUUGAUAUGCGGAAGACCCUGGCCUCAGUGAUAAUCACAGAGAAGGCCAUCACCAAACCCUCUGUGGUGAUGAAUGCUCUUAUCCACUGCCUGCAGGUGCCCAAGAUUUCCAUCCAGCGCAAGGUCGACAUUUACAACAUCCUCCAGAACAUCAUCCAGCAGGAAGGAGAGCUGGAGGGGCAGUGUGUGCAGAGGCUGGUGACCAUCGCCUCUGAGGAGAUGAGGGAGAUCCCAGAGAUGGAGAGCUAUAUGAAGGCAGAGGUGGCCAGUGACACUCUAGUGGCUCUCUCCCGAAAAUACUUCAGUUUGGUUAUGUAUGAGCUUCAGCACCACCUCAAACCCCUAAUACUCACCGAUGAAUUUGUCAUUGUCACCUUGGCCAAGCUGGCCAAUGGCAACGUGUUUGAGUUCAUGCCAUACAUGGGCAUCACGCUGGCUACCAUAUUCACCAUGCUGAGACUGGCCAAUGAAGCCAAGAUGCGACAGGUGAUCUGUAGUGCCAUGGCGACCUUCUGUGGGACAGUGCAGUUUUACCUGCGGCACCUGGAGGGCAGCGCGUACCCUGUGAUGACAGAGGAGCAGUUUGCUGUGAAGCUCUUCCCCAUGUAUCGCUACUUCAUUUCUGUGUGGCUGAAGCACCAGCAGCCUGAGGUGAAGCUGGGGGUUAUCAAGUCUCUGAGGUCCAUGCUGAACAUCCUCCUGCCUAGUGGUGACCUACGGGAGCAGGUCUAUGACUACAUCCCAGUGUUGCUGGCUGAGUACCAGGGUGGCCUGGAGGCCCUCUUCAUCACCCAGGUCUUGAGACAGAUUUUGGAAGUGUCAUUCACCACUAACACUCCCAUUCCCCAAAUGCAGCUACACCCCAUUUUCACAGAACUGCAUAUCCAGGUGUGCACCAAGGCUCCAGCCCACCAUCAGUUCAGCAGCCAGAACUUGACAGAGAUCAUACACUGCUUCAUAGCCCUCGCUCGCUCCUACCCCAAGGAGCUGAUGAAGUUCUUCUUCAGCCAAAUGGAGAUGAGCAAGGAGGCAAUCCGUGUGGGGACGCUAACUCUGAUCAAGGCAUUGGUGAGCAUGGAUGAGCCCAAAAUGAGUAUCAGGACCAUCUACCUGGCCAUUCGGGUGGUCAAGCACACCCUUUCUGACAGCCGGUCCAAGGUGAGGAUGGCCAUUCUGCGCAUCAUUGGCCAGUUGGCUCUGUCUGGCUACCAGGAAAAGAUCAAAGGCUGGGGUCUGAAAUAUGUGUCUGUGCAGCUGACCAUGUCUACCUACAAACUGACAAAUCACCGGGAGACUUUUCAUUGGAGGGAUUUGGAGGAGAAGAUGGUCCAUAAAGUCACUAUGGACACUGUGAAGAUCAUAACCUCUUCCCUCAGUGGCAUGACCAAUGAGUUCUGGAUGAGGCUUCUGGGUUACAUCAUGGAGACAGACUACACAGAGGCCUUGACCCCUAUCUGCAUCAGCCUCACAAACCUGGCAAAGCAACAGCUCCAGGGCUGGGACACAGAGGCCAGUGUGUCGCGUGAGACCAGCCAUGUGGACCUGCCUGCACCUCAGAAGCUGUUUGCCCGUCUUCUGGUGCUUAUGUCAGCACCCUACAAAGGAGAGGGCCGUGGGAUAGCCAUGCUCAACCUUCUGAGGACCCUGAAUGAGAGCAUUGCACCCUCCAUGGCUGACAUGUGGGAGCUGGAGAUACCACUGCUGGUUCAGUACCUGGAAGAACACACCGAGUUUACCUGGAAUCAGAAGGCCUGGGAGGACAAGCUAAUUCAGUUUCUGAGAAACUCUCUCAAGAAGACCCGGGGGACCAACUGGAGCCUGCGCCUGAGCAAAGAACUGAGCAACCAGAUCAAGAGCUUCCACAGCCCUUCUUUGGAAAAGGGCUUUCUGUACCGGGCUUUGGGCUUCACCUUGGCCAUGAGCCUGGAGGCUAACAGGGUAGAGGUACAACUGAUGGAGCUGCUGUACAAGACGGACUACAGCGAUGACUUUGACCGGGAGGGUGUGACUCUGUGCUUUGGCCUGUGUGCCCGGGGCCAGGUGAAGACAGUGCUGAAUGUGCUCCAUGACUUCGAGGAGAGGAUCCAGGAGUCAGAGCAGUCCUGGCAGAUCAGUGCCUGGCGGAAUGACCACCCCUGGAGGCGGGAGACCGUGAAGAGCGCCCUCAUGGUGAUGUAUAGCAGCGUGUCCUCUUACUGCCACCCCCAGAUGCUCCUCACCUAUGCGGACAGCCCCAUCACCACCAAGAUCAUUCACCACUACUCCAGCAGCUGCCAGGACAUCAGUCUCAAAGUGGCCUUCAUGAAGAGUGUGGUGCAGGUCACCAAUGCCAUUAGAAACAUCAAAGAUGUGGAGUUUCAGUUUUCCCACAAGUCCACUCUUACUGGCCUCAUAAUGGCAAUUAUCAAGGCAGAACCAGCUGACUACCUGGUUUCUCCCGUGAGGACAAUGGCGAUGGAUGCCCUCUCACACUUGAGCACACUGAAGCCUUUCUACUCCACAGAGGAAAACAAGGAAAUGAUGGAUAUUGGUAUACAUUCUAUAAUUCCUCUCUACCCCCCAGGAGAAGAAAAUGAGUCCAUAAAGACCCUGUAUGCAAAUGCUUUGAACUCUCUGGAGCAGCUGAUGGAGAGCCUCCUGCAGAGACAGCUGGACCCCAAGAGCCUGCAGGAGGUGGUGCAUCUCCUGGAGAAGUGGAUCUUGUCGGAGAAAGAAUGGGAACGGGAGAAGGCCAUGAACAUCUAUCUUCAUCUCAUGCAGAACUAUGUUCAAAGUAUUGGUGUCUGCAUCCCCCUGCAGCUGGGGCAGUUUGGUACACUGGUCGGACUCAUUGCCCCGCUCACCUGUGAUGCCCACAAGAGAACCCGCAUAGCCUCCAGCAAUGUCCUGUCCAUUCUGCUAGAUCUUCAUGUAAGUCAGACCUGCUCCUUAUGGGGUGCUUCCAAGGACAGGGAGCUGGAGAGAUGUAAGGAGGACCUCUGGGGCACAGACAUGGAGAAGAUUUUCUGUGCUUCCUCCAGAAUUGCCAAGGUACUCUGCAUGGAGUUUAAUUGUGAUGAGGUGGUCUCGCUCAUCCAGAAGCUCUGUGAGAACAUUGGGGCCACUGACCUGCAGCACGACAAGGCUGCUGUUACCUGGAUGAGCAUCUUCCUCCAGAUGCGGGUCAAGGAGCUGGAGGACAAGGUGGCCGAAAUCCUGGGUGCCAUCCUGGUCCACCUGCCAGUGGUGGACCACCUAGAGGUGCGGCACCUCCUCAUCGAGGGCAUCCUCUUGCUGGCACAUUAUCACCAGGAGACUGUCCUCACGUCACUCCUGAGGCAGCCCCUGCCCAUGGAGAGCCACCUGAGGGAGGUGUGGCUGGCCAUGGCAGAGAAUGCACCCUUUGCACGGACCAUGCUCUGUGACCUGCUGGGCCGGUUGCAGUCGCGAUUCACCUCCAGGAUCAGUGCCACCUCUAAAGCUGACAUCUGGCGCCUGGCUGCAGUGGACCCUCUAAUGAUCCUGUGUGCCAUCUACCUGCUCAUGGAGAAGAUGGACAAGGACAGCAAAUUCCCAGACCUGUUUCCUGACCUCAUUUACACCUUCCUGCUGCAGCUCAGUUGCAGCCACAGGCCCGAGACUGUCUCUCCUGUCCUGAAGACCUGGAGACUGGUCCACACUGGGACCUUGCCUGAGGAGAUGAACCUGCCGGGGGUCACAGUCAAAUCCAUGCAGCUUCUGUUCAAGAGAAUCAACAGUAAGAACCUGGUGCAGGCCCUUGAAGAGCAGUCUGUGUGGGCCCUGCUGGAGAACGGAGAGACCUUCCUGGAGGGUGUGAGCCUGCUGGCCAGGCUGUGCGUGUAGAACAUGAAGGGCUACAUGCAGAGGCUGUCGGAGCUGGUGCUCAGGGGAAUGGGCUUGGAAGUGCUGAGCUGUCGCAUCAGCAGCACGGCGAUCUGUGUGGAAUUCAUGAGCAGCCCAGUUCUGCACCAAGAGAAGCUGCUGAAGUCAGCAGUGCUGAUGCUGGAGAAGGGUGCAGAGCAGGAAGAGGAGGAGAUGCUGCGGGUGCUCUCCCUGCGUGCCCUCGGCAACAUGGCCCUCGGUGCCCCAAAGAAGGUGAAGCAGUAUCGGAAGCUCUUGUUAGAGAAGUGUCUCGGCUCCAUGAAGAGGUCCACAAGCAUCAGUGUGACUGCUGAGGGCAUGGAUGCACUGACCAAGAUCCUGGCUGAGCUCCGAGAAGGGGACGUGGGGUCUUCUUUAGAAGCCAUCUCUGAGCAGUGCAGGGUCUGCUUUGACAAUGAGAGUGAGCUGCUGCGGUUAAAGGCCUUCAUCCUCUUUGGGAAACUUGCAAAGAUGGUUGGAAUUUCCAAGAGGCAUUUAUUCAAAGGGGAAGUGAAGAAAGCCUGGAUUCCCCUCCUGCUGCACUGCCAGGACCCUUGCUCCAGCACAGCCCAAGCCUGUGUGGCUACCAUGUUUCAGUGUGUACACUUCUGGGGCUGGAAGUCCUUGGAGAACCUCUCAGGGCAGAACAACACCAGCACCAGUGACGAGAUGACCACCUUCCAGACUACCAUGUGCUCCAUCCUGACUCAGAAAAAGCCUGCUGUCUACAGUUUCCUGCUAGAAACAAUGACUUAUGUUAAAAAUAAUUUGUCACGGAUCAGAAUUGCUGCCUGCAACUUAGCAGGAAUCAUUAUGCAGCAGAUGUCUGCCCACUAUCUGAACAUGCUGGACCGCCCGACAUUGCGGAACUCUCUCCAGGAGCUGCAGCUGGACUCAGAUGCUGGGGUCAGGAGGGCUGCCUUGGAGACCCUCAAAGUCCUGGACAGCUGCAGUCAGCGCUGGUCCUUGGCUGCACCCACAGGAGUAUCCUAA